UGCAAUUUCUUUCAAUUAUUAAUUUGAGAUUAUCUCAGUAACUAUUGAUUUUGGACCUUAUUUCGUAUAAUACAUUUUAUGUAAAAUUGGAUGUUUCAUCCAAAUUCGAUAGAAAUGUUAAACAUUCUUCUUAAAACACUCAAGAUGACCAACAUAUCUUGAUAAGAAAACAAGUAAUUUAUAAGUUAUUUGAAGGCAUGUUAUGGGAUUCAUUAUUGCAGAAAUUAUUAAUAGUUUUCAUUUUCGUAUUGUAUUAUGUUGUAAUUUUUUUAUUAUUUUUUUGUACGUUCUUUAUUAUAAAAGAUGGAGGAUAAGGAAAAUAAACCAAAGUUGUUGAGUUGUAUGAUAAAAGGUCCUGCUCCUAUAUAUAAACUGCAAACCUUAGUUGGAUAUGAGGGUCACUGUCUAUCUCGACCAAGAGGUCCAGCAUAUACUAUAAGACCUCGAACGAAACUUCAUGUAUCAAGUAUUGGACCUGGACCACAAUAUAAUGUUUCAAAAUUAACGAUUUAUGGAGUAGAUAAUCCUCCCGCAUAUACAAUAGUUGGUCGAGAACCAUUCAAAGUGAGUGAUUUUGGACCAGGACCAGGAGCACAUUAUCCAGAGUUAUGUCCCCCAAUGAAUCACAAUAUUAGAGCCCCUGCUUAUACUAUUAAAUCUAGGAGUAGAACAAAACUAGAUGACAGUGGACCUGGUCCAAAUGCAUAUAUUUUACCAACUACUAUAGGACCAAAAAUUCCUGACAAAGCAGCUCAAGGUGCUUUUUCUAUUGCUGGGAUUCACAAACUUAGAGAAGAAGAUAUUGGUCCUGGUCCAGCAGCUUACAGCAAUAUAGAUGCCAAUCUUACAAAACGUAGUUCUCCAGCAUACAGUUUAAAAUGGAGGACUGGAUUACCAGAUAUAGAUAAAAGUCCAGGACCACAAUAUUAUCCCCAAUAUGAUACUGGAAGACGUCCUCCUAUGUAUUCUUUUGGUAUAAGACAUAGCGAAUGUGCUGGUUUACCUAUCACAGGCUUGGAUGAAGAUUGAUAUGUUAAUUUUGUAAAUUAACAUAAUUUUUUAUAUAGCACUUUACAUGCUUGUGAUGUCAAGUUAAUGUAACUUGUUUUAUAUAUAUAUUUAAAAUAAAUGUUUAUAUUGUGCUAAUUCAAAUUGUUUCGUUGAGUUAUGUAGAAAGUCUUCCAACUUAUUAAAAAUCAUAUCUUACAUUAUUAAAAUAAGGAUAUCCUAGAUUUGGAUUAUAAGCACUAUACUAUAUUAACACAAUAUCUAUUUUUUUUUAUAAUCAUUUAAUUUUUGUAAAAAUGAAUAAUGGUAGGAAUUAAUAGAUAUAAUUUUGCAGUCUUUAUACAAUAUGAUAGCAGCUUUGUCAGAUUUGAUGUACAAAUGUAUAUUUACAAAUUUGUUAUAACAAAUCUUUUUGAAGAGUGUACAAAUUUUGAUGAAAAUAGAUUGAAUUAAUAAUUUUCUUUUUCAAAACUAUUAUUCUACCCUUUAGUUCAGAUUUAUAUUUAUCAAGUGCAAUUCUAUUCGAAUUCUAUGAAAUCAUUGAUGCUUGCUUCUGUUUGCACCUAACGUGGCGAUUUUGAAUGAUUUCAGAAGUUUUAAUCUCCUAUAGCUCUCUGAUUUUGCGCCUGGUUCGUUGUACGUAAGUAUACAUACAUGCCACAGUCGUACGACCGUGGUACAUAUUCUACUUUAUAUAUUUUACAUAUUUUUACAUUUUAUGUGCAUUCUGUGCACUUUUGCGCCUUGAAAUUUCUCAUAAAAGCAUAAAAAUUUGCGAUCUAAUCAUAACACACAUACACAACUCUUAAGCAACUGUUUAUAUUUAAAAUGAACAGACUGAAAUAAUAUCACCCAAAAUUUUUAUCUAAUUUAAAUUUUUGUGGAAAUGUAAAUUAUAAAGUAUAAAAAUGCCACCAAAACCAGGCACACAACCAGAUACGCAAACACAAACUAAAUCACAUAAAAAAAUAGGGAGUCUUACAUGCAGUUUUAGAAGUAAAUAAUUAAAUGUCAUUACAUUAUACAUCGCAGAUGAAUAAACAUUUCUCGAAUAUUAAAUAUAAAUUGUUUAUAUGUAUACAUAUGCAAUAUUGUAUAUUAAAUUUAAUCUUAUGUAAAGUUAGUUUUAAAAAU